CAUUAAGAAGUAUGUCAUCUUCCCAUUACUCAGCUAGAUUCUACAACAACCACAUGAUGCCUUCUCUCCUCUCAAAACCCUUUGAAUUUCUCUUCCUCUCACCCCUUCUACUCUUUAUAUUCCACCUCCCUACUAGCAUUCUACAACCUCUUUCGACCGACUGUCCAAACACAGCUAAUUACACCACUAAUAGCACAUUUGGGACUAACCUCAAUCUCCUCCUCUCUUCUCUAUCCACCAAUGCUUUACUUACCGGCUACUCCAACAACACGAUCGGCGACAACCCAAACCGAAUCUAUGGCCUUGCACAAUGCAGAGGCGACAAUACACCCGACAAAUGCCGUGAUUGCCUCAACACUGCAAGCGAAGAAAUCAUUGCAGAGUGCCCCAACAGAACUGCAAUUAUAUGGUAUGAAAGGUGUCUAUUGCACUACUCCAACCAACCAUUUUCAUCAUCAUAUGAAAAUACCCCAUGGUUUUCCUAUUGCCAUUAUCUAAAUGCAUCAGACAUGGAUCGGUUUAAUCUGAUUUUGGGCCAGAUGUUGAAUGGUCUUGCUUCUACGGCGGCUUUUGGUCCAUCCAAACGGAUGUAUGCUUCAAAUGAAACGAAUUUCACAAUCUUCCAAAAGAUAUAUGUGGUUGUUCAAUGCACAAACGAUCUGUCAAGAAAUGAUUGCAAUGAGUGCUUAAAAGGUGCAAUUGGUCACCUUCCGGUAGUCUGUAAUGGAAAAAUAGGAGGGAAAGUUAUUGGGCCGAGUUGCUAUUUGAGGUUUGAGAUGUUCAAGUUCUAUGACGACUUAGCGAUAACAACAACAACAACGGCUGCUUCUCCUAAGUUUUCAGGAAGAAACCAAAGCUCCUCUCGAACUACUAUCAUCAUUGUGGUUCCUAUAGUUGUUGCAAUCGUGCUCAUCUCCACCGUGGCUGCUUGUUUCCUAAGGAGGAAAAAGAAGAAACCAGUGAUUGGUAAACCACCAUGGGUUACCCUUUGCACUAGUGCAAACAGUUUCAUUCCUUUCAAAAUUUGCAUAACUUUUCCUACCUUAAGGUGUAGCAAACCAACAAAAAUAAUUAAAAUUUGCAUUGUUUAUGUCGUUCAUGGGAUUGAAGGAAAUGAGGAGUCACUGCAAUUUGAUUUGGUUGCAAUAAGAACUGCAACUGACAACUUCUCUGAAGACAACAAGCUUGGAGAAGGUGGAUUUGGCGCUGUUUAUAAGGGUAGGCUUUCAGAUGGACAAGAAGUAGCUGUGAAGAGGCUCUCUCAUGACUCUGUACAAGGUUUCAAAGAAUUCAAGAGCGAGGUUGCGUUAGUUGCUAAACUUCAACACAGGAAUCUUGUUAGGGUCUUAGGUUGCUGCAUGGAAGGACAAGAGAAGCUUCUCGUCUAUGAAUAUGUGCCAAACGCCAGCCUCGACAAGUUUCUGUUUGAUCCAAAUAAAAAGUCAAAUCUGGAUUGGAAAAGGCGUUACAAAAUCAUCAAUGGAGUCGCUCGAGGCCUUCUUUAUCUUCAUGAAGAUUCUCGACUUAGGAUUAUACAUCGGGAUCUCAAAGCUAGCAAUGUUUUGUUGGAUCUGGAGAUGAACCCAAAAAUCUCAGAUUUUGGCUUGGCUAGGAUUGUGGGAGUGGACCAAACACAGUGCAGUACAAGUCAAAUUGCAGGAACAUAUGGAUACAUGGCCCCAGAGUAUGUCUUGGGUGGGCAGUUCUCCAUUAAAUCAGAUGUAUUCAGCUUCGGUGUUUUGCUUCUGGAGAUCAUUACCGGUCAGAAGAACAGUAAUUUCUACCAGUCAGACUGUGCCGAGUAUCUUCUCAGCUACGCAUGGAAGCAAUGGAAGGAUGGCGCAGUUUUAGAGCUGAUUGAUCCAACUAUAAGAGAAUCUUGCUCGAGCAGCGAAGUGAUGCGAUGCAUCCACAUUGCAUUGCUAUGUGUUCAAGAAGAUGUCAUCAAUAGGCCCACCAUGUCUUUGAUUGUGCUCAUGCUCAACCGCUUCUCUGUCUCUCUCCCAGCACCUUCACAGCCUGCAUUUUUUAUCACAAGUAGAACGGCUCCAGUCAUGUCUAUGACAGAGUCCCAUAGGCAAACAUGUGAGGUGAAUCAAGCUCCAGGUGUGGCAUUGCCAUGGUCCAUAAAUGAGGUGUCUAUUACUGAAUUAGAUCCUCGUUAGUGCAUCAGAUUAAAAGAUAUUUGAAAUAUUUGAGUAUAUGUUAUUGAAUUUUAGAUUUAAAAGAUGGUAUCACUUCUUAAGUGUAUGUUAGUGAAUUUAGAUUUAUGACUAUCAAUUCCUUUUUACUAAAUCUUGUAUGCCAAGCAUGAUCAUCAAUGUAAAUUAAUUCACUGAGGACC